AUGGCAAUUCAUACAGGAGAAAAACCAUUUACCUGCUCAGUGUGUGGUAAAGGUUUCAUUGAAAAUGGAAAACUGAAGGUACACAAGAGAACUCAUACAGGAGAGAAACCUUUCAGUUGCACAUUGUGUGAUAAAGCUUUUAAUGAGCUUCGGAAUCUAAGGAACCACAUGAGAACUCAUACAGGAGAGAAGACUUUCAGUUGUUCAAAUCACAUAAGAACUCAUACAGGAGAGAAACCAUUCAGCUGUUCAGUUUGUCAGAAGUCUUACGCACACAGUG